AUGAAUUCUGAAUUAUUCGCUUGUUAAUUUUGCAAGGAAUAUUUCUCCAUUCAAAGGGAGCCAUUCCUAUUACCUGAUUGUGGUCACAGUGUUUGUGCUGAAUGCCUAACUGUAAAAUUAAAAAAUGGAAAUUAAUUUGUAUGUAAAGAAGAUGGGUAAAUAUAUUUGAAUUAUUAUUGCAGUGUACAAGUAACAAGAAAUUAAAUGAAUGAAUUCCCUAAAAACUUUGCUUUGUUAUAGAUAAUAAAAAAUAGACCAACAAACAGAAAAAUCGUAAUGAACAAUUCUCCAAAGUAAACAGAAAUUGAAUAAGAUUCUGAUAGAUGUAAGAAACAUGGUGAAAAAAUGGAUGUUGUUUGUGUUGAUCAUCGUGUAAGAAUUUGUGCAAAAUGUGCAUUAUUUGGAGAUCAUGCAGAUCAUAAAGUUGUUAAUUUAGAAGAUGCAUUAAAAAAGAUUAUUAGAAGAAUUGAUGAAUUAAAAGAUAUGUCAGAAAGACUAGAUAAAGCAGCAAAUGAAACAUUUGAAAUGUCUUAAUAUUUUAAUAAAAUUGAAUUACAUUUUUAAUCUAAUUUGGAUAUUUAGAUCAAGUAAGUCAAUUAAUUUUUUGAUGAAUUAACAUAAAUAUUAGAUAACAAAAGAAAUAAAAUAAUAUCAGAAUGCAAAGAGAAAAUAAUACAUUCUUAAGAACUUUAUAAUAAAUAUAUAACAGAAGCUUUUAUUGAUGUUUAAAGAAAAGUAGAAUUAUGGAGAAUGACUAGUAAAGAUAGAAUACAUUAUUAUGAAGAAUAAUAAAAAUCUAAUUCUAUUCCAUUUGAAUUAAUAUCAAUAUCUUCAACUAAUGAAUUGAUGUUAAUUGGUGCAUAAUAUUUAAAGGAAUUAGAAACUACUAAAUAAUAAAUAUUACUAAAAAUAGAUGAACCAUCUUAUAGAGAAAUACAUUUAGAAAUUAAAAGUGAUUUAGAAUAAUUUAUUAAUACUCAUUUAAUUGUUUAUUAAAAAGAUCCUCAAUUCAGAUUAGAAAAUUCAUUAUCAAGACUUGAAUCAAUAACUGAAUGUUCAUUACUUAAAGAUAUUAAUAGUUCUAUAAUUUAAGAUCCCUUAAAUUAAAAUUAAAUGGAAUUAUGGAUCAAAUAAUAUUAAGAAAAUUAAUAAUAUAAAUAAUAAUUAAAUUAAUAAUUUUAAUUAUAAUAAUAAUAAUAACAAUAAUAAUAAUAAUUUCUAUAUGUUCAAUAAUAGUAAUAAUAAUUAAAUUAACCAUAUUAAUAAUUAUCUUAUUCUAAUCAUUAAAGAACAGAUCAACCUUUGACAUCAUAAGAAUUAGAUGAUUAAUACUUAAAUAAUUUAAAGAAAUCACCUUCAGCAACUACAUUAGCUACUAGAAGAACAGUAUCUCCUUCACCAAUUAGAAGAUCAAUGAAAUAAAAGAAAAUUAAUGAAAAAUUUUAACCUUUGAUUGUUAAACUAAAAGGAGAUAAUUUAGAUUAAUGUGAUUUUAGUUAAGCAGAAUUAGGAGAUGAAGGAUUGUUAUCUUUAAUUACUAUUAUAAAAAAAACAAAAAAUUUAAGAGUAUUAAAAUUGGCAAAAAAUAAAAUAUAAGAUGGAGCAGCUUAAUAAUUAUUGACUGAAUUGAUAGAGAAAUAAAAUGAAAAUGAUUAGGAGAAUAAUUAAAUAUAAACUAUAAAUUUAUCAAGUAACAUGCUAACUGAUAAAGUUAUAGAUACUAUUCUUGAUUUAUGUAAAAUAAAUAUAAAAAAUAUAUUAUUUUAGGUAAAAAAUACUCUAAAACUAUGCAGCAUUAAUCUUUAAAUUAGAUAUAUCUAAAUCAAAAUAUCAUAAAUUUAUCAAGAGUAAAGAGAAAAGUAGAUGAAAUAAAGAAAUACGGAUUGAUCAUAGCCAUAUGA